CAGAUACAAUAUGGCAACACUGGGAGGCGCUAAACCAUUUCACCUCAUUUUUAACAUACCAACAAAAACACCAGCGAAGAAGAAAGAACUGCCAAACAAAAUGGCUGGGGGACAAAGCUAGCUACCUGGCUAGUGUAAACAUCCACCAAUAGUAGACUGGAGCUGGAACGACGAUAUCUCGAUAACCUUUUGACUCAGCGAAUGAGAGUCAGUCCUCCUUUGGUGAAGGAUGAUGAGCCAGCGACGCGGGAUCCAUUUGGACCAAUCGGAGCUGCUUUGCAAGAAAGGAUGUGGUUUUUAUGGCAACACUGCUUGGCAGGGCCUGUGUUCGAAGUGCUGGCGAGAGGAAAAUCAGCGAGAAAGGCAAAGACAGAUUCAAGAAGACUGGGCACUUGCUGAGAGGCUGCAGAGAGAGGAAGAGGAAGCAUAUGCAAGUAGACAUCAGAAGGCCCAAUCACAACCUACCAGCGCACCCUUUAGCAAGUUUGAAGAAAGAAAAACAAAGGAGAAGUCCAGCAAAGUCAACACAGUCACAAAGUUUUUUAUUCCUUCGACAAAAACACCACCAAAAAAAGAUGCUGCUCCUUUUGACACACAAACCAGCCCAAGCCCAAGCUCCUCCACAAGCCGACAUUCCUCUUUGGACAGUGACCACGCAACGCGAGAGUUCAUUGAUUUUCUCAAGCCUCUGAAGUCUGGUAGGGAGAUCUUCAAACAGUGCCGGGCCUUCACUGAGAGCAUGGUCUAUAAGCGGGACAUGGGUGCUGAUGAGCUGUCAGAGUGUGUUCAGGACUUCUACCAGAACCUCUCAGAACGCCUCCAGACCCAGUUCAAAGGUUCAUCAGAUCAUGUAGAAAGCAUUAUGGAUGAAGUAGAGAAGUACAUGAUGACUCGUCUCUAUAAAGAAGUCUUCUGUCCUGAGACCACAGAUGAUGAGAAGAAAGACCUGGCCAUUCAGAAGAGAAUCAGAGCCUUGCACUGGGUCACCAUUGAGAUGCUGUGUGUUCCUGUAGAUGAGGAGAUCCCUGAGGUUUCUGACAGUGUAGUCAAAGCCAUCACAGACGUGAUUGAAAUGGAUUCGAAGCGCGUGCCCAAGGACAAGCUGGCGUGCAUCACUCGUUGCAGCAAGCACAUCUUCAAUGCCAUCAAAGUCAGCAAGAAGGAGGCUGCGUCUGCGGAUGACUUCCUCCCCACGCUCAUCUACAUUGUGUUGAAAGCAAACCCUCCACGUCUGCAGUCCAACAUCCAGUACAUUACCCGCUUCUGCAACCCCAGCAGACUCAUGACUGGAGAGGAUGGUUACUACUUCACUAAUCUGUGCUGUGCUGUAGCCUUCAUUGAGAAGCUGGACGGUCAGUCUCUGAACCUGAGCUCUGAGGAGUUUGAGCUCUACAUGUCAGGCCAGGCAUCCCCACACUGGCCACAGGCCACUGGAGUUUCCUCCUGCUCCCCAGGCAGCGCAGCUCUCAGUCAGGUCCACAAACGGAUGGAUCUGCUAACAGGGCUCGGGGAAAGGCAGGAGCGCGUCAUGGAGAAGGCUCGCCAGCUGGAGAGCGACCUCAUUGACUGGACAGACGAAGUUGAGCAGAAGGUGCAGAGUGUUCUGGAGAGCUUUCCACCAGAGACACAAAACCCAACCGCAACCACAUCUAGUGGGACAACACCUGCAGCGUCAUCAGCAAUCGACUCUGAUAACAUUGAGAAUGAGCUCCUGCCCCCACCACUGCAACCGCAAGUGUUUGCUGGUUGAUGGGAAGAGCUCUGCUCUGAAAAAAAUCUAGAGGCUUUAUUCCAUCCUCCCCCUUUUCCCUACUGUUAAACUUUUCAGUUCAUAUGCACAUACAGCAGCUGUCCAGCCAUCUUGAUUCCAUCCAUCUAUUGUCCUAGAGACCCUGAAAAUACACUGAGAAGUAAUAGAACUGUGGAUUUAACAGAAUAGUUUAGCAUUUUUGGAAGUGUGCUUAUUAGCUCUUUUUUUUGCAGAGAAUUAGAGGAGACAAUUGGUGCCACUCAUGUCUGUAUGGUAAAAAGUUACAAAAUGCAACUACCAACACCUGUAAAGCUCAGCAGUUAACACAUUACAUCUUGUUUGUUUAGUUUGUACAAGAAGCAAAGUGUAAAAAUGACAAGUUGCUCCACUUUUUGUGUUGAUCUGCGAGCUUUAGAUACUAGUAGGAGAAUACUGUUACCUGUGGACUGAGUUACCUGUGGACUCUUUAUGCUAAGCUAAGCUGACCAUCUCCUGGCUCCAGCUUUGUACUUAACAGACAGGCAUAAGAGUGGCAUCAAUCUUUGCAUCUAACACAGAAAGCAUUUCCCAAACUGUUAAACUCUUCCUUUAACAUCAGGUAAUGUGAAGCAUUACCCAGAGGUCAAGUACACUCCAGUCCUUGUCCUGGAUCUAUGAUAAAGCCUCACGAUCUGCUUCUAUUACAGUUUCAGUGCAGUUUCAGAAUAAGCAGAGUUGUACUGGCAUCCUUAACCCAACCUUGUCAUUUGGUGUCCCCAGACUAUUAAUUCCCCCUCCAGCGUGCUCUGGCUGUUGUUUCCUCUAAGUGGGGUGAGUAGGGGAACCUUCCACAGAGUGUCGUCCAGGAGGCAUCCUGAUAAGAUGCCCAGACCACUUCACCUGGCUCUUUUCAAUGCAAAGUAACAGACUAACUCCACUCCAAGCUCUUCCCUAACGCCUGAGUUGGUCACUCACAAUGACAUCUUCAGUACCUCAGAACUUCUUCAUCCAUGUUAUUGUUGUUACAUUUGUUGAAAUGGGAUAAAUAGUUGGAUGUGAUUUUUAAACAUGUUUUUUUCAUAAUGUUGGGAUGUCUCCAAGUGUAAAUUAUUAAGUGGCGGCUCAGAUUGAUACAUAGAACCCUUCUGCCCAGGUGACAUCUAGUAGUAUAACAGUAGAUUUUAGGAAGAGAUGGUUUUGGGAAAGGAAAUGGAGAAAUUUGAAUGAUUCAAAACUUAACUUCCCCUCACUAAAAUAACCCUCCAGCCACAUGCUCGUGAUUUCUGCUGUAUUUACUGUGUGUUUUCCUGUCCUGUGGAGACGUUUCCGGAACGAAAGAGUAUGUGUGUGUGUGUGUGGCAGUUGUGCAUGCGGGCAAGUGUGGGUGACUCUGUUGCAUGGACAUGUUCUGUUAAUGUCGAUAAAUCAUAAAGUCCUCCCCGUGUGUGUGUGUGUGGGGGGGGGGGGUAUCGUAGUGUUGUUUUCAUGCCAGACCUCUCACUCCAGUCAUAAGCUGGAUGUACAGUGAUUUUAUUUUUCUAUAGAGUGGCAGGUAUCAAUUUUUCUGGAUGCAAUAGGAGACAUUAAUCCUGUAAUAUUUACAGUAGUACUCUUGUUAAAGAAAGUUGUUUGAAGACAUGUUACAUGAAUUCUAAUGGUUGAAUAGUAAAUUAUUCAUCUAUUCAUUUAUCUUCUUGAGAGGGUGUCAUAAGCAUGUCCCAUCAGGGGAAAAAAAUCAGUUUUUAGGUGAAUUGUAUUAUUAUUUUGCUCUGUCUGAGCUGUGGGAUUAACUAGGUAACAAGGUAAAGAUGAUGGUGUUUUCCCUGUAAAUACAGAAACUGCAGAACUGCAUAACCACCCCCACUUCCAUUAGAGCAGAAAAAAUUCAACAUUAACCAGUUUCGUUUGUUUUAAAGCACUUCUUUUUUAUUUUGAAGCUCCUUAUUCAGAAGUACAUUGAAUGAAGGAAGUGAUUGCUAUAUUCAGUUUAUAGGAUAAUUGCUGAAAACAGUGUUGUGGGCUGUAGCCACACAGAUGUUUUUCAACUGUGUCUUUGUAUUUGGCAGUCCUGAAAUGUUAGGGAGAGUUGUAUGUUUGAAAAAUGUGAAAGGCACAUUUUUUUCCCUUUGAUCAUGUGCUAACAUUUCCUUACAUUGCUUAAUCUGAAUUUUUUGUUGUUGUUGUUGAGUUUUGAGUUGCUUUCCAGUUUUAGUUUGAGAAAAAGUUUUUAUUGCAAUCAGCUUGAAUAACUUCAUAUUGCACUGUAUGCAGAGCCAUUUAUAAGGUAUUUUAAAGUUUGAAACAUCAUCUUUGUAACCUUAUAGGUUUGUUAUUUUAUCACAUGGGAGUAAGUAACUUAAUACUGUCUUUUAUUUAAAUGUAACUUAUUGGGGCAGUAUUAGUAUAUUUGCAUCUGUGGGUGUGUGAUGAUGAUUAAUAAAAAUUGAAAUGCAAGUGUGA